AAGGUCGGAGGAGAUGCAGAUACUGAUUCCCCCAGAUAACACACAGCCUUACUGUAGUAGCUAGAAAAGCUAGCAAAGGUAAGAGGUAAGCCAGAAUCCGGAUGCAAGAAUACACUGGCGCUCGCCUAUAAAAGCCGCACCCCGGCCAGGCAGGCUUCCGGCAAGCAGCAGCAGGCAGCGUCCGUCGUGCCCCGAUCGAUCGGUCGCUAGCUCCAUCGCUUUACGAGCUCGAGCCUCCUCGUCGCGCUCCCGCGCACCACCUGUCCGGCCCCGCCUCUGCUCGAAAGAUCGACCUUGAGCAAGACAAGGAGUACGUGAGCGAUGGCCGCCGUUCUGCCGGAGGCUGCCUCCGAGGGCAAGGCCCUGACGGACGCCUGGGACUACAAGGGCCGCCCCGCGAGCCGCGCCACCACCGGCGGCUGGGCCUGUGCGGCCAUGAUCCUAGGCGCGGAGCUGUUCGAGAGGAUGACGACGCUGGGCAUCGCGGUGAACCUGGUGCCGUACAUGACCGGCACCAUGCACCUCGGCAAUGCCGCCGCCGCCAACACCGUCACCAACUUCAUCGGCACCUCCUUCUUGCUCUGCCUCCUCGGCGGGUUUAUCGCCGACACCUACCUCGGCCGCUACCUCACCAUCGCCAUCUUCACCGCCGUCCAGGCCACGGGCGUGAUGAUCCUGACGAUCUCAACGGCAGCGCCGGGGCUGCGCCCUCCUCCGUGCGCGGACGCCAAGGGGCGGAGCCCCGACUGCGUGCCGGCCAACGGGACGCAGCUCGGGGUGCUGUACCUGGGGCUGUACCUGACGGCGCUAGGCACCGGCGGGCUCAAGUCGAGCGUCUCCGGCUUCGGGUCCGACCAGUUCGACGAUGGCCACGACGGCGAGCGCAAGAAGAUGCUGCGCUUCUUCAACUGGUUCUACUUCUUCGUCAGCAUCGGCGCGCUGCUGGCCGUCACCGUGCUGGUGUAUGUACAGGACAACGUCGGCCGUCGCUGGGGCUACGGCGUCUGCGCCGUCGGCAUCCUCUGCGGGCUUGCCAUGUUCGUGUCCGGCACCACGAAGUACCGGUUCAAGAAGCUGGUGGGGAGCCCGCUCACGCAGAUCGCCGCCGUGACGGCCGCCGCCUGGAGCAAGCGCGCGCUGCCGCUGCCGUUCGACCCGGACAUGCUCUACGACGUCGACGACGCGGCCGCCGCCGGCACGGACGUCAAGGGAAAGCAGAAGCUGCCCCACAGUAAGGAAUGCCGAUUCCUUGACCACGCGGCCAUCGUCGAGCGGGAGUCGCCGGCGGCCACCGCGAGCAUGUGGACGCUGUGCACGCGGACGGACGUGGAGGAGGUGAAGCAGGUGGUGCGGAUGCUGCCCAUCUGGGCGACAACCAUCAUGUUCUGGACCAUCCACGCGCAGAUGACCACCUUCUCGGUGGCGCAGGCCGAGGUCAUGGACCGCGGCGUCGGCGGCUCGGGGUUCCAAAUCCCCGCCGGCUCGCUCACCGUCUUCCUCAUCGGCUCCAUCCUCCUCACCGUGCCCAUCUACGAUCGCCUCGUCGCGCCCGCCGCCCGCCGCCUCACGGGCAACCCACAGGGCCUCACCCCGCUCCAGCGGGUCUUCGUUGGCCUCUUCUUCUCCGUCGUCGGCAUGGCCACGGCCGCGCUCAUCGAGCGCCACCGCCAAACCACCUCCGAGCAUGGCGUAAUGCUCACCGUGUUCCUGCUCAUGCCGCAGUUCGUGCUCGUUGGCGCGGGCGAGGCGUUCACGUACAUGGGCCAGCUCGACUUCUUCCUGCGCGAGUGCCCCAAGGGCAUGAAGACCAUGAGCACGGGGCUGUUCCUUAGCACCUGCGCGCUCGGCUUCUUCUUCAGCACGCUGCUCGUCACCAUCGUGCACAAGGUCACGGGCCACGGCGGUGUCGGCGGCUGGCUCGCCGACAACCUCAACGACGGGAGGCUCGACUACUUCUACUGGCUGCUCGCCGUGAUUAGCACCAUCAACCUCGUCCUGUUCACGGUCGCGGCCAAGGGGUACGUCUACAAGGAGAAGCGCCUGGCCGACGCCGGCAUCGAGCUCGCCGACGAGGAGGCCAUUGCCGUCGGGCACUAAUGCCGCCCUGCCCAUGCAUGCAUCCCUUUAAUACCUUCUUUUUUCUUGUUUGGUUUUGACUUGUUUUGUGCUACGUGAAAAACGAAGAAAGGAGGAGAUUCAUAAGUGACGGAUUAUUAUAUCAUCCGUA